AUGUCCCAACUACAACAAUAUAACGACCUAACAGAAGAAUCAAUGACAUCUUCCCAUGAGGAAUACGAUGAUGAAUAUUCCGAUUAUACAUCAGAUGAAGAUUCUGAAUAUGCAUUAUCAGCACAAGAACAUUGGGAAGAAAGUAUGAAACAAUUGACAAUGUUAUUCAGUAUUGUGAUAUUCCCCUUAAUUGGUAAACUAUUAGGAAGACGAUUUAGUAAAAUAAUAUGGAGAAAAGUUGCAAAUUGGUGGUUUGUGUGA